ACUCUCAACAACUAACCUGCGGGAUUUUAUGAAAAUGGAUAGUAGAGAAACUGGAAAAUAAUAGAGGUGUUUCAAAGGAUAUACAAAGAGUAUAUUUCAUCAAGGAUUAAAAGGGCUUAUAUAAAUUUCCAAGUAACUAAAAAUUGCGGUACUUUUAAGACACUCACUAAUUAUAUGUGCACAUCAAAAUGUCACAAAAGAAGGACGAUGACCCUGAACAGGGUGAACCCAAUUACAACAUCUCUAUGGGAGAGGAGUAUAUGCUAAAUGAGAUUGAAAAGAAUUUCAUAUUAGCGGCCGAACGUGGUGACAUACAGGGUGUUAAGAAAAUAAUUGAGGACAACAAGGGUCAACCGGAUAAGUUUAACAUAAACUGCGUGGAUCCGCUCAAUCGCUCAGCGCUCAUUUCUGCCAUUGAGAAUGAGAAUUUCGACUUGAUCAUUGUGCUGCUGGAAUGUGGCAUCGAAGUGGGCGACGCGCUCUUGCACGCCAUAUCAGAAGAGUACGUCGAAGCCGUAGAGGAAUUACUGCAGUGGGAGGAAACGCAUCACAAAGAGGGGCAGCCCUAUAGCUGGGAAUCUGUUGACCGUAAUAAGUCGACAUUCACGCCGGACAUCACGCCAUUAAUAUUGGCAGCGCAUCGCAACAAUUACGAGAUACUGAAAAUUCUGUUGGAUCGUGGUGCAACACUACCGAUGCCACAUGACGUGAAAUGUGGUUGCGACGAGUGUGUCACCUCUCAAGAAACCGAUUCGCUGCGGCACUCACAAUCGCGUAUCAACGCCUAUCGCGCCCUCUCCGCCAGUUCACUGAUAGCACUUAGCUCACGCGAUCCCGUUCUAACGGCGUUUGAGCUCUCAUGGGAAUUGAAACGACUGCAGGCGAUGGAAUCCGAAUUCAGAGCGGAAUACACGGAAAUGCGUGUGGGUGUGCAAGAGUUUGUCUCAUCAUUAUUGGAUCACGCACGCACUUCCACCGAACUGGAGGUAAUGCUCAACUUCAAUCACGAGCCAACCACCGACAUUUGGAUGCCGGGGCAGCGACAAACGUUGGAGCGCCUCAAAUUGGCCAUAAGAUACAAGCAGAAAGCGUUUGUGGCACAUCCGAAUGUGCAACAAUUACUGGCGGCCAUUUGGUAUGAGGGUCUACCCGGUUUUAGGCGCAAACAAGCCUCACAGCAGAUCAUCGAAGUGGUGAAGCUGGGCACUAUGUUCCCCAUUAACAGCAUGAACUAUUUGCUGGCGCCGGACUCGGAUGCUGGCAAAUUCAUGAGAAAGCCAUUUGUGAAGUUCAUUUCACAUUCCUGUUCGUACAUGUUCUUUUUGAUGCUUCUGGGCGCUGCAUCGUUGCGCGUCGUUCAACUAUCUUUCGAGUUGCUUGGGUUUCCUUGGAUGUUGGCCAUGCUGGAGGAUUGGCGUAAGCAUGAGCGCGGCUCUUUGCCAGGACCGAUCGAACUGGGCAUCAUCACCUAUAUUGCCAGUCUUGUGUUUGGUGAGCUGAAAACGCUUUAUUCGGAUGGCCUGUUUGAAUAUAUCAUGGAUCUUUGGAAUAUCGUCGACUUCGUUUCCAAUAUGUUUUAUGUCACUUGGAUACUUUGUAGGGCGACAGCAUGGAUUAUAGUACAUCGUGACUUAUGGUACCGCGGCAUCGAUCCUUACUUUCCGCGCGAACAUUGGCACCCUUUCGACCCGAUGUUACUUUCCGAAGGCGCUUUUGCUGCCGGCAUGGUGUUCUCUUACUUAAAAUUGGUUCAUAUUUUUUCAAUCAAUCCACAUUUGGGGCCACUACAAGUCUCUUUGGGACGCAUGAUCAUCGAUAUCAUCAAAUUUUUCUUCAUCUAUACUUUGGUGUUAUUCGCCUUCGGCUGUGGCUUAAAUCAGUUGCUAUGGUACUAUGCUGAACUGGAGAAGAACAAGUGCUACCACUUGCAUCCAGAUGUGGCGGAUUUCGAUGACCAGGAAAAAGCCUGUACUAUUUGGCGACGAUUUUCGAACCUUUUUGAAACAUCACAAUCACUUUUUUGGGCUUCCUUCGGCUUGGUCGAUUUGGUAUCGUUCGAUUUGGCUGGCAUAAAGAGCUUCACACGGUUUUGGGCUCUACUUAUGUUCGGCUCCUACUCGGUUAUAAAUAUUAUUGUGCUACUCAACAUGCUUAUUGCCAUGAUGUCCAACUCGUAUCAAAUUAUUUCGGAACGCGCAGACGUUGAAUGGAAAUUUGCACGCUCCCAGCUGUGGAUGAGUUAUUUCGAGGAUGGUGGCACUGUGCCGCCGCCAUUCAAUAUUAUGCCAUCGGUGAAACUGCUACGCAAGACAUUGGGCAAAGAGGCACCGAAGCGCACUAAAAGUUUUAUGCGCAAGACGAAGGAGCGCUCACAGGCGUUGCACGACAAAGUCAUGAAGCUGCUCAUACGACGCUUUGUCACCGCAGAGCAGCGUCGUCGUGACGACUAUGGCAUAACCGAAGAUGAUAUCAUUGAAGUGCGUCAGGACAUUAGUUCGCUACGUUUCGAACUAUUGGACAUUUUCCAAACGAAUCGUUUCAACGUGCCCGAUAUUGAGAAGAAAACAGCAGCUGCGGCGGCCGGCACCAAGAAGGGUAAGGUGAUGGAGCGACGUAUACUGAAAGACUUCCAAAUCGGCUUUGUUGAGAAUUUGCAGCAUGAGAUGACGGUAGGCGAUGAGGGUAGCAAGGAUAUCUUCUCCUCUUUGGCAAGGGUAAUUGGCAAGAAGAAGUCAUUGAAAUCGGGUGAGAAAGACUGGAAUGCCAUUGCACGUCAGAACACAAUGACCGCCGACCCGAUUGGUUCCAAGCGUUCGUCAAUACAGCGACAUAGUCAGCGCAGCUUGCGGCGCAAGAUCAUCGAUCAGGCGAAUGAGGGCCUGAAGAUGAACCAGAAUCAGUUAAUUGAAUUCAAUCCGAAUUUGGGUGAUGUGACACGCGCCACACGUGUUGCAUAUGUCAAAUUCAUGAAGAAGAAGAUGGCAGCUGACGAAGAUGGCGCCGCAGCCGCGUCUGUAGAAGCAGCAACAACAAGCGCUACUAUCAAAGACGAAAAAGCUACCAGCGGCUCAAAGAAAGUGAAACCGGACGAUCCAAAAGCUGCCAGCGAUGAAAAGGCUGAUACUGUAUCCAAAACCUCCAGCACCGAUGCCAAACCCAAAGAAACUAAACCAGGUGACGCUAAGCCAGCCGCACCGGCUCCACCAGGAAAACCAGCUGCACCUGGCACUAAACCAACUGAUGCAACAAAGAAAGAUGAUGCAGCGAAGCCAGCUGCAGGUGCUGCGGCAAAAUCACCACCCCCAGCCGCUGCCAAACCAGACCCAGCUGCUAAGAAGGAUGAUGCCGCUAAGCCAAGCGGCUCCGAAGCUAAGCCCGCAACAGCACCUAAACCAGGUGACAGUUCAAGCGGCGGCACUGCUGCCGCCAAGCCUGCUGUUGCUAAACCAGGUGAAACCACAAAGCCAGAAGCUGCUGCCAAGAAGGAGGACACUGCUAAGACAGAAGCGGCAAAACCAGGCGCUGCUGCAAGCGCUAGCACGACAGCUGCCGCCGCUAAAGGUGCUGCCCCAGCUGCGCCCGCGGGUGCAAAGCCCGAUGCACCGACAGCGGGAGGCGACGCGAAACCGCCUGCAACGGGCCCAACAGCCACCAAGGCAGCUGGUGACGCUAGUGGUGCCAGUGGUAGUGGUGGCGCUGCGGGCGCUAGCACGGGUGCGACGGCAAAAGCAGAUGACAAGAAAGCGGACGACAAGAAGGGCGAUGAGAAGAAACCAGACGAAAAGAAAGCUGACGAAAAAAAACCGGACGAUAAAAAGGCGGCGGCACCUGCUCCGGCUAAACCGGUAAUUAAAGUGGGACAAAGCAGUGCAGCUGCCGGCGGAGAGCGUGGCAAAUCGACAGUCACUGGACGUAUGAUAUCCGGUUGGUUAUAAGUUGAGAAUCUGUGUUAUGCGUACUUCCAGAUUGUCAGCUUAUGUUUUCAAACUUGGAAAAUUUACUAAGACAUUUUGUGCUUUGCAAGAGACAAAUAAAUUUAUAUUAAAUUGAAGUUGUUUUAAGUGAAAUAAAAAAAAUUUUAAUGAAAAUUCUAAAUAA